UCCUGAGCUGAGCUCGGCUCUUCUCACUUCUCAGCCAUCAUGGGGGUGCAGAGCAGCGACGGCCAGGUGACGUUCUCCUCCUCCAUCGCGCUGCUGCAGCAGCGGUUCAGGGAGCUGGAGAGGAUCAGGGAGAAGCGGGAGGAGAGGCUUCUCCACGUGCUCGCUCCCCGCCCUGCUGCCACCGCCACCGCCGCCCAGAGGGAGAUGCCGGUCAAGUGGUUCUUCCACCCGGAGCUGCUCUACCCGUGCAGGCCCCUGCGCGACACCGCUGUCACCGCAGCCGCCUUAUUCCCGGCCGUGCCGACCACUGCCUGCGAAUGCAAAAGCUUCCAGCUCCGCGGCGACCCCAUUGCGGUGGAGCUGUGGCCUAGUAAGACCUACAACUCCAAGCAUGUCCCUGGUGAAGUCGACGUCGACACCUCGCUGCACCUCUAGACUGCUGCUGCUACUGCUACUGGAAAACAAAUGCUGCAACGCCCUAAGCUGCUGUUAACCUUGCCAGUCUCAUCAGUGUUGCCCUCGCUGUUUUUUUGGUAGCCUACUACUAUGUUUCUCUCUUCUGUUGUAACAAGGGGUAUUAGGAGGGGUGAUGGUGAGCUGUAAUUAUUACCCGUAGUACGAUGGUCUUGGGAGUUGUUUUCUGGUCA